UCAAAAGAUGGCUGCGCCCACGUCCAGCAUGCGAUCUUCGUGGAGAAGAUAUUUACUUGUACUAGCCCAGGAACACUUGGAAUUCCGGAUACCCGAGCUCAAGUCAAUUCUGAGUCUGUUGAAUAUUUGUGCAGAAAUUGAAGAGAAAACUGAUGAAUUGAGUCCUUUUAUUGUGUUAAAUCUACCGAAUGAGAAAGCGGGCCAAAUGCUCAUGGAAAGGACAGUUCUUGGAAAAUCUUUGUUAGAACUUUGGGGUUUUGGUAAAACUUACAACGAGUUAUACGACUCGCUACGAAAAUACCCAAGUGAGUUAAUGGACGCUUACUGUAAAGAAGAUACAACGUUUAAAAUUCGAGUAAAUGCUUUUAAUAAAACUAUGAAACAACCUCGACAACAUGAACUGAUUGAGGAAGUCACAGAAGUCGUACCAUUCCGAGGGAAAGUUUGUUUGAGUAAACCAGAACAUACAUUUCAUUUUCUUGAGUAUUACGGUACCGAUCCAAACAACGCUCCGACAGCACCAUAUUGUAUGUACUUUGGACGAUGGAUUAAUGAUGGUAGGCGAGAUCUAAUACACAAAUAUUCGAUUAAAAAUCGUCAUUUUAUCGGCAAUACGAGUAUGGCUGCUGAUUUAUCUCUUAUUAUGGCGAAUCAGGCAAAAGUAACAUCAAGUUCAUUAGUAUUGGACCCAUUUGUAGGUACAGGUAGUUUACUGAUUGCAUGUGCCCACUAUGGCGCUUAUGUCACCGGGACCGAUAUUGACUACAAUGUGAUCCAUGCAAGCAAGACAAGUCGUACAAAUACAAAAUCCAAAUAUAGAGCGUCUGAUGAAAGUAUUCGUACAAAUAUGAAACUCUAAUAUGGAAAACAUUAUAUUGAUGUUAUGGUGGCAGAUACUUCGCAUAAUUUCUGGAGAGAGCAGUCAGUGUUUGAUGCCAUUGUCACAGAUCCACCGUAUGGAAUCCGAGAAGCAACAAGGAGGAUAGGAACUGCACGAGAAUAUACAAUUUCUGAUGAAAAAACUGAUGUGCACUUCCCGUCCAGUGUGGGGUACCAUUUAGCCGAUAUAUUUACAGAUCUUUUAAAUUUUGCUGCAUGUUAUCUCAAAAUGAACGGAAGAUUGGUUUACUGGUUACCAAUAUGCAGAGUGGAAUAUUCUCCGGAUCAAAUACCGCAUCAUCCGUGUUUAACACUAGUAUCAAAUUGUGAACAAGUAUUAAAUGUCAAUAUUAGUAGACGACUUAUUACCAUGGAAAAAACUGAAGAUUUCAAGACAUUGCAAGAUUCAUCUGCAGCCAUUAACAAUGAUAUUUACGAUGGACAUAAUGCAAUCAGGAAAAAAUAUUUUAUGCCAAGGUUUGAACGACUGAAAAUAAAAAAAGAUAGGCAACAAAAAGAAUCUUCAUGUCCUACCAAUGAUGGCGCUAUACUGUGAAGGACGCAUGGCCACAGAUUACCAUGGAUACCAGUGCUGAAGCUGUGACUAUACAAAGUCACAUGACUAUUGCAUUUUUAAUCAUUGUCGGAGACAGUUAUUCUAUUUAUUACAUGGUUGUUAUGCAGAUCACUACUGAAGAAUUAAGUACAUGUAGUUUUUAUUGGCGGUUUAGAUGGAAACAAAUCUGACUGGAUUAUGAUCAUCAUGGUGCAUUGUGGGCCAAGUUACAUUCUGUUUUCAAACUUUGCUGAAACAAGAUCAUAUAUCAGAUUUCUUAAUGACACAUAAUUGAUAUUGCAGAUAUUGUCAUUUGAGAACUGACAUCCUCGGAGCAGAGUGGUCAUACACCACGAUAUACAUUAGGUUUAAACAUACAUUUUGUACAAGCACUGCCAAAAUACCACUGUAAUAAUUUUAUUUUGACAUAAAUCUGUUGUUACAUGAUGAAAUGAAACUGACAUGCAUGUUUGUCAGGUUGCACAGUCUGCUUGUGUCAUCAAAUGUCCUUGAUGGAUUGAAAUAACAAAAAGGUCAAGAAUUUCUAUAUGCAGUUUUGAUUGUUUGAUGAAAAACACAAUACAGUAUUUGCUGUAUUAGUAGCACAUGUAAUUCCGUAAAUGUCAGCAGUGUAUCUAUCGUUAAAUUAAGUACUAGUAAUAUUUGAUUGAUCCAGUAUACAAUUACAUGCUCUUCUAUUAGAACAAAUAUGGUAUACAAUUUUAGCUUGAGACAAAGGACUGGAGUACCAAUUCAAGUAAGAGUAUAAAACACAUGCAACAUUCAUUUCUUUUGAAGGGGUAAAAAAACAACAUUACAGAUGUUUGAUUUUAAAUACAAUUUU